AAGAUGUAGAUAUCUGGGUGCUGUUAUUGAACCGAAGUCAUUGGAUUGUCCGUUAUGUGAGUAUUCGGCUCAAACUCUAGCCGAUCUGCAUCGUCACAUUGUUGAACACACACCAGCGCAUACGCAUGCCGCUCGAGGAGCCGAAGUGGGCGCUCAAACGAAGUGCCGACUCGCAGGGAGGAGCAGACAGAAAGAAGCUGCUCACGCAGAUCGGGAGCGAGGCGGGCGGCGGAGGUUCCAAGCAGGCGGUGCUGGAGCGCAUGAUGAAAGUGCUCGCCGCUCUCGCCCUCACUCAAGCCGCGGAGCUGCGAGAUCUGAUCGCGGCGGUCUAUUUCACCUUCCUCAUCCCGUCAGACGCCAGCAUCGCGGUCGCCAUGAAGAAGGCGGGCCAAGAUUAUCAUGCCCAGGCCAAGUUGCUGAAGUCAGGAGGCGGAGGAGGCCACGAUAUUCUAGGACCGCCGUUCCUGCACGUCUUCAAAGCGCUGCUGCAGGCGGCGCACGAGGUAGCGGGCCUCACUGGCCAGCAUCGCGAGAUGAUCGCCGAGUUCUGGGCCAACAGAGUACUGAAGGAGGAGCUGUUCGCGCUGGCGGAGCAGAUCCGCCACUGCAGGAUCCGAGACACCCGCAAGAAGGAGAAUGCCAAGGACAUGAUGAGGAUCACGAUUUGUUUUUCGAGUCAGUGGAAAGAUCUGGAGGUGGCGGUGGUAUCAGCCAUCAAGAAGGAGAACGGGGUGUUGAAGAUCGGCCCGCCCCCGCGCGGGCCGUUGGAGAGGGAAGCAUCCAAGCUGUUAGACGAGCUGAACAACAUGAGCUGAGGAGUUCGAGGAGAGAAUGUAUAGGGUCUGAGGAGAGUGAACUUAGGCGCCUGGCUAGGCGUCUCGAAAUUUUUUCUGUUCGCAUGGCGGACCUUCUUUUAAGAGGAGUGAUCUCUCCAGGUGCUGCA